AUGCCAAAUGAUGGAGGACUGCCUACAGGAUCUUUGUCACAUCCCACAUCGGAGACCUCGGAGAGGCGGAGAAAACUGCAGAAUGCCACCAAACGAAAUGCCCCUCAGCGUAACCAGUGCUUUUUAGCACUGAAUCUACCCGAGACCUCAGGAGGUCCUAGUCAGGAGAGACUGAACCACGAAUUGUGCCAGUUGAGGUCUAUAUUCGAAAAAGUAUUCAAGGGCGAAGAAACCGUAGCCCAUGACAUCAAGGUUAAGGCAGCAUUUCGUCUGGGUAAGAUUAAAAAGAAUGAACUUCCCCGUUCCCUGAAGGUGGUUCUCGGUCCCAAGACUCAAGCUGAGGAGGCAUUCCGUCACUCAUACCGUCUGAAAGGCGAUCCCGUGCGACUGUUACGUGAUCUGGAGCCCGAGGAGCGCUCCAGGACGGUGCCUAGUCUCUUGAGUCUUGUCGAGAAUGAAAUUACUGUUGACACGGAUGUGGACAAGGCUGGUACUCGUGCUUUUCAUCCGGAAGCGGUCCUCGCUGCGGCAUCUGUUCCAAACGUAUUUCGUAUUGAACCGAUCUACACGGAAGACUUCGAAAAAACCGCAAAGAGCGAAAAGAUCAAGAAAGAAGUGAUUGAAUACGCAAUUCAGUUCUGGAGGCAAACACUGAAAGCAAAAUCACCCACUCCGGGAGCCUUCAGAGUGUCGAGAGGGUGUAUUGAUGAUGCGUUUGAGCUGCACGCGGAUACUGAUGGUCAGAUGUAUGAAUACUGCCUAAAAGGCUGCAUACAAAAACCCAAGUGCUUUGAUGCAUUUAUUCCCGAUGUGAUUCUUGAUAAAUGCCGCGUGAUGGUCGGUGGUAAACCUGAGGUUCAGGAAGAGGCACGAGGACCCGGAUUAGCGGAUACAGACUACGUUCUCAUUGUGGAUUCCGUGAAUAAUGAGCAAUGCACGGACGGGACAUUGGCUUACGCAACAGUUUGUCAGGUUGAGUCAAAGUUAGACAGGCCAAUACUCGGAUACAUCAACUUUUGCUCCGAGAGUAACAAACUCUCGUAUCCCUGGUUGCGGGUCUCACGUAGCACUGCAUUACACGAGAUGGCACAUGCGUUUGGUUUCUCUCCAGUCAUGUACGCGUUUAUGCGCACCGAAGACGGGUCACCAAGAACACCCAGAGAUCCGAAAACCGGCCUUCCAACACUGGGACAACAAAAGGGCGGCAUUUUUAUUCCCAGCAAGGAUACACUAACGGAGGAAAAUGCCACAUGGAAAUCCGCUCGUGGAAGUUUUCCAAUCAAGAAAGCAUUACUGAAAACCCCGAAGUUGGUGGCCGCUGCCAAGGUACAUUUCGGCUGUAAUACACUGACUGGAGUGGAAAUGGAAAACCAAGGUGGCAGUGGAACCCUCGCGGCACAUUUUGAGAAACGCAUUGCUUUGGGACUUUUGGACCCAAACUUGGAAGAUGGGCGACACCUAUUGCACCUGAUGGCUCUGCGCAUUUCUUUGUGCCCGGUUUCCAAGNAAGGCAAGGUGCGGUAG